CGCCGAGCCUAUGAGCGGGCGAGGAGGUUGUUUUAAACGGCAGAGCCCCGCAGCCAAUCAGGCCGCUCUCGUAGGCAGCCAACGCGAGGCUGAGCCGCGCCGAGCCCCGCGCCGUGCCCUGCGCUCAGCUCCUGUCCACACUGCCGCGAACAAUACAGAGUCAAGAUGGCUAAAGGUGAUCCGAAGAAGCCCAAGGGCAAGAUGUCUGCCUAUGCCUUCUUUGUGCAGACGUGCCGUGAGGAACAUAAGAAAAAGAACCCAGAGGUUCCAGUCAACUUUGCAGAGUUUUCCAAGAAGUGCUCAGAGAGGUGGAAGACCAUGUCAAGCAAGGAGAAGGCUAAAUUUGAUGAAAUGGCAAAGGCUGAUAAGGUACGAUACGAUAGAGAAAUGAAGGAUUAUGGACCAGCUAAGGGUGGCAAGAAGAAGAAGGACCCCAAUGCCCCGAAACGACCACCGUCUGGCUUCUUCCUCUUCUGUUCAGAAUUCCGCCCCAAGAUCAAGUCCACAAACCCCGGCAUAUCCAUUGGAGAUGUAGCAAAGAAACUGGGUGAAAUGUGGAACAACCUCAGUGAUGGGGAAAAGCAGCCUUAUAACAAUAAGGCAGCUAAACUGAAGGAGAAGUACGAGAAGGAUGUUGCAGACUACAAGUCUAAAGGAAAGUUUGAUGGCGCAAAGGGAGCAGCAACCAAAGCUGCUCGGAAAAAGGUAGAGGAAGAAGACGAAGAGGAGGAGGAGGAUGAAGAAGAGGAGGAUGAAGAUGAUGAUGAUGAAUAAAACUGUACAAUACUUGUCUCCAUGUGAAUACCAUAGAGUAGGGGAAACACCGUAAAUGAAGCACCUCUUAUUUGAGAUGGUGUCUCUUGCCCUCAUUAGGCUUAAUUAAAAAAAAAAAACAAAAAAAUUUGGAUUCCGAUCGCGUUGUAGUUUCUAAAAGUGCUCUAGAAAAUUGUAACUGGUUUACAUGAAGUGGCCAUGGGUGUAGCGAGCACCCUGAAACUGUAUCAAAGUUGUACAUAUUUCCAAACAUUUUUAAAAUGAAAAGGCGCUCUAGUGUUCUCCUAACUCUGUGCACUUUGCUGUUGGUGUAACAAAGCAUUUAAAAAUGUUUCAAGCAUUUUUUAAUUUGUAAGGUGGUGUUACUAUAUGGUUAUUGGCUAGAAAAUCCUGGGUUAUAAACUGUACAUAUCUAUAGUUUGUAAAAACUAGACAGAUUCUUGUGGUACAUGCUUAGAGUUAUGAUGCCUUAGAGGAGCAGUGAUUACUUGGAAAGGUUGUACGUUCCCCAGGGUGCCAUGGCCCAAAGCAUGCACUGUGAGGGUAGAUCUAUUUACACUACAGUGGGCGUCCAUUUAGCUUAAAGUUGUCUUUCUGUAUAUAGUGAAAUAGCAUUCUGCUGCCAUUCUUAGUUGUGGAAAGGGGGUUCAGCUGGCAUGAGAAGUGUAUGGAUUUUUUUAGUUAAGUGCGGUAGUUUUUAAACUGAAACUGUAGACAUCUCUUCAUCGUCAACUAAGUGAAGAGCCAGUGCAGCAACUGAAGUUCAAAAACACUCUGUACUUAAACGAAUUUGCAACGUUCUGUUUUUUUUGUAUGUUUAGAAUGCUGAAAUGUUUUUGAAGCAAAAUAAACAGUAUUACAUUUUUAAAACUGUUCUUGACAACACUCUAAAUUUCUGGUUUUAAAGGAUCUUGAUGACAGCAAGAGGUUCAUUUUGAAGUCUGUGGCAUCCCUCAGGGCUGGUGACUUAGGAAACAUUCUGACUCAAGGAUUUAAAUAAAAUAAAAUAAAUGGUGGCCAGCCAAAACUGGCUGAAUUGAAAGAGAUGGCUGCUCCAGCUAAUAUGCAAUCGUAACUGUUUAUGGCUGAGUGGCAUAAGAUGCUAUGCAAGUUUGAACUUUAUUACUUGAACUUGGGAGCCUAAAUGAACAUUCAUGACUUAAUUGUUUGUUUGUGUGUGUAUAUAGCAGCAUUCAGAGAUGCAGAGAAAGGUAGGUGGCUAGGAAUGAGGCUGACACCAUGAAAUAAGUAUAAAAGCAUAGUUUGGAUUUUUUUUUCCAGUUGUGUUGGGUAAAUUUAUAGCCCAAAUGCAUUGCUGUACAUAUUAAAAUGUGCCUUUUUUGUCCUGUGUUAAA